AUGACUUGUGGAUCUUACUGUGCUGGAGGCACCUUCAGUUGUGCCUCCGCCUGCGGGCCCCGGCCCGGGCGCUGCUGCAUCACCGCCGCCCCCUACCGCGGGGUCUCCUGCUACCGCGGCCUCACAGGGGGCUUUGGCAGCCAGAGCGUCUGCGGAGCCUUCCGCUCUGGCUCCUGUGGACGCAGCUUCGGAUACCGCUCAGGCGGCGUGUGCGGGCCCAGCCCGCCCUGCAUCACCACCGUGUCCGUCAAUGAGAGCCUCCUCACGCCCCUCAACCUGGAGAUCGACCCCAGCGCGAAGUGCGUGAAGCAUGAGGAGAAGGAGCAGAUCAAGUGUCUUAACAGUAGGUUUGCUGCCUUCAUUGACAAGGUGCGCUUCCUGGAGCAGCAGAACAAGCUGCUGGAGACCAAGUGGCAGUACUACCAGAACCGCAAGUGCUGCGAGAGCAACCUGGAGCCGCUGUUUGAGGGCUACAUCGAGACGCUGAGGCGCAAGGCCGAGUGUGUGGAGGCCGACAGCGGGAGGCUGGCCUCAGAGCUCAACCACGUGCAGGAGGUGAUGGAGGGCUACAAGAAGAAGUAUGAGGAGGAAGUUUCUCUGAGAGCAACAGCUGAGAAUGAGUUUGUGGCUCUGAAGAAGGAUGUGGACUGCGCCUACCUCCGCAAGUCAGACCUGGAGGCCAACGCGGAGGCCCUGACCGAGGAGAUCGACUUCCUGCGGCGACUGUAUGAGGAGGAAAUCUAUGUCCUUCAGUCACAAAUCUCUGAUACUUCGGUGGUGGUCAAGAUGGACAACAGUAGGGAACUCAACAUGGACUCGGUUGUGGCCGAGAUCAAGGCUCAGUAUGACGACGUGGCCAACCGCAGCCGGGCCGAGGCCGAGUCCUGGUACCAAAGCAAGUGUGAAGAGAUGAAAGCCACAGUGACCCAGCAGGGCGAGAACCUCCGCAGAACCAAGGAUGAGCUCAAUGACCUGAACCGCAUGAUCCAGAGGCUAACAGCAGAGGUGGAGAAUGCCAAGCAGCAGCGCCGCAAGCUGGAGGCUGCUGUGGCCCAGGUGGAGCAGCAGGGCGAUGUGGCUGUCAAUGAUGCCCGCUGCAAGCUGGCUGAGCUGGAGGCCGCCCUGCAGAAGGCCAAGCAGGACAUGGCCUGCCUGCUCAAGGAGUACCAGGAGGUGAUGAACUCCAAGCUGGGCCUGGAUGUGGAGAUCGCCACUUAUCGCAAACUGCUGGAAGGGGAGGAGAGCCGGCUGUGUGAAGGCAUGAGCUCAGUCAACAUCUGUGUGAGCCGUUCCCAGGGCGGUGUGGUCUGCGGAGACCUCAAUGCCACCCUCCCUCAAGGCCUGGGGGGCAUGACCCUCAGCAGCAGCGCCCUCUGCCCGCCUUCUGUAACAGGGGCAUGUUCCAGCGCCAGAUCUGUGCGGUUUGCAUAG